UUAGGCAGAGACAACCGACCUGACACGAUAAUCAAAAGCUAAGUGGAGUUCAUCUUGUGAUCCUGCAAACUUGUCAGCAACUAUAUGGCCAUCCGCCACAAUUAUCAAUAUUUAUAUACUUGGUUUACAGGUGAAGCCCAGCUCAGAUUAAUUUUUUUGGAAGAACAGAACAAAAAUAUCAUAAAAAUAGAGCUAUUCGAUGCUUAAAAUAAGGAGCUAUUUUCUUGAACAAGUAGCUCAGCACAUGCUGAGGAAGGCCCAUCAUUCUACUUUUAUUGUAUACUGUAUAGAAUUUGCAAUCUGUCUUCCUCCAUUGUGAGCUUCGAUUAGUUGAUUAGAGAGAAGAGUGGAGAUGAGGAAGCUCUGGCUGCCGCUGCUGGUGGUGGUAAUGGUGUGGAUGGUAGCUGGGAAUGGAGAGGCUCGCCUGAGGCCUGACUUCUACGGCUCUGCGUGCUCCAAUGUGGAGGGAAUCGUUAGGCAAGCCGUUCGGAGGAAGUUGAACCAGACGGUGGUGACGAUUCCGGCGACUCUGCGCCUCUUCUUCCAUGACUGCUUUGUUCAGGGAUGCGACGCGUCGGUGAUGAUCGCGUCGGCGCGAGACGACGCGGAGAAGGACGCGUCGGACAACCUCUCGCUCGCCGGCGACGGAUUUGACACCGUGAUCAAGGCCAAGCAGGCGGUGGAGGCACAAUGCCCCGGCGUGGUUUCCUGCGCCGAUAUCCUCGCCAUUGCCGCAAGAGAUGUCGUCGUGCUUUCCGGCGGCCCAAACUUCACGGUGGAGCUCGGGCGGCGCGACGGCCUCAUCUCGCGAGCCGCACUCGUCGCCGGCCGCCUACCGGGCCCUGACUUCGACCUCGACCGCCUCGUCUCCCUCUUCCGGCUCAACAACCUCACGGCGAGGGACAUGAUCGCCCUCUCCGGAGCACACACGGUGGGCUUCUCCCACUGCAGCCGCUUCGCCAGCCGCCUUUAUUCCUUCAACUCCACCACCGCCGUCGACCCCUCCCUCAACGCCGCCUACGCCCGGGCCCUCAUGCGCGCUUGCCCCCGCGACGUCGACCCCACCAUCGCCGUCAACAUGGACCUCUACACCCCCAUCACCUUCGACAACGUCUACUACAAGAACCUGCUCGACGGUGAAGGCCUCUUCACUUCCGACGAGGUGCUGUUCACGGACCGCCGGUCCAGGCCGACGGUGGAGCGGUUCGCGUCGGAUCAGGCGGCGUUCUUCCGUGCCUUCUCGGCGGCCAUGGUCAGGCUGGGGAGGCUGGGAGUGAAAACAGGUGGGCAGGGAGAGAUCAGAAGAGACUGCACUGCCCUCAACAGCUGAAGUAAUGUAAGAAUGAGAAUCGGAGCAGCUUGUCAAUACAAAAUUUGAAUUUUUGAGUACGUCUGUAAUCUAUCGAUCACUUGGCCAACAACGUAACUAGAGAGAAUAAAAUGAUCAUAUUGUUGCUUGUUAUACAAAAGUUGUGAAUUUGAUUCCAAUACGAUGGCGACUGAUUAGCGUCUCCAAUAUUUAGUCGACAACUCCUACUCCAAAGCCCGU